CUCACCUAAGAAGAAUAGUGGGUUCAUUGUCAAACGCCAAAUCCCAUAGUCAAACAUUAUCAAAAUUUCUCAGUGAACGUCACAUUGACUGAUUCGGGAACACCUCAACAUAAACAACAAGAUUCGGAAACGUGAAAAACAUCAAAUACUCAAACAGCAUUUCUGCGAAUUCCACCUUUAGCCGUAGAAAAAAUGGCGAGGAGGCGGCUGUUGUUGUUAUUGAAGCCGUUGGAUGUGUACCCUUCUUACCAAUCAAACGGCAUCUCUCGCUUCACCAAUCCCAAAGUUGUGAGUUAUCUUGAUGACAGAAGAAGAGUGCAUCAUAAUGCUAUAAAUUUCUGCCAAAAUAUAUUGAGGAAAAAGUUUGUGGAUUGUGAAACGGUUUGCAGGACUCAUCUCUCUGAGCCAAUUCGGGACGUGGAUCUUGUUGUUACUGUAGGAGGUGAUGGCACUUUACUGCAGGCAAGCCAUUUUAUUGAUGAUAAAAUUCCAGUUCUUGGGGUAAAUUCUGACCCCACCAAAGCUGAAGAGGUGGUAGAGUUCAGUGAAGAUUUUGAUGCUAGUAGGAGCACUGGAUAUCUCUGUGCCGCAACAGUGGAAAACUUUGAAAAUCUACUGGAUGACAUCCUCGAGAAUCAUCCAACGCCUUCUGAAGUUUCAAGGAUGUCAAUACGUGUCAAUUCUGAACAGCUUUCCACGCACGCCCUCAAUGACGUUUUGAUUGCACAUCCCUGUCCUGCAACAGUCUCAAGAUUUUCAUUCAGAAUCUGGAAAGAAGAGGGAAAAUGCUCCCCACUAGUUAGCACUAGAUCGAGUGGUUUCAGAGUAUCAACCGCUGCUGGAUCAACUGCGGCAAUGCUUUCAGCUGGAGGAUUUACGAUGCCCAUUUUAUCCCGUGACCUGCAGUAUAUGGUGAGGGAACCUAUAUCUCCAAGUGCCGGCCUUGAGCUGAUGCGUGGUGUUGUAAAAAGUGAUGAAUCAAUGGAGAUCAAGUGGUUUUCUAAAGAAGGAGUAAUAUACAUAGAUGGUUCCCAUGUUGUGUUUGAAGUUAAUUUUGGUGAUACAAUUGAACUGUCUUCCCGGGCUCCUUCACUGAAAGUAUUUUUGCCUUCACAUUUGCUAUCUUGAGCUGCGUUAGAGAACGUUGGUAAAUACUUGUACAAAUAGGUUUUCGUGAUGUUGAGCAAUGUCAAAUCUCUAUGGAAACAAGUUCACGCUACAUAUUAUGUAGAUAGGUGCAUUUUGGGAAAUGUCCUAUUUCGGUAGUUGUUGCACUGGAACCUGGAAGACUUGGUUUUUCCACCUUCUGAGUGAGAAAUAGUAGCAGUUCAAUAAUUCAUUAAUUCAUUUCAUUGCUGCUGGUACUAACACGAUGUCAAUAUGGACUUGUGUUGUUCUU